GGUUCAACGACACGAGGAAAAGUGCAUCACCCUCCAUACCCUCCCUCCAUACCUUCUAGUACUGGCUAACAAGAUCCAGCACGCCGUGGAUAAGCCGUUCUUCUCCUCUCAACCCACCCCACCAAGCGAUCGACGCUCUCGGCCAAAAAAAAUGAACACCGCCAGACGUUCACUCACCCACAACCUCCAACGCACCCUCGGCCUUUGCCUCCUCUACUCCUCCCUCGCCCGCUCCUGUCCUCGCCCUUCCGCUUCAUCCAUCCUCCUCAGCACCCUUUCCACCGCCUCGAAAUGUUCACUCUCACAGCACCUCCCACCACAGUCGCCUCAUCACCACGUGCAAUCGCGCCCCAUCUCGAUUUUCACGCGUCAAGAUCCCACUCCGCUGCCUGAAGAAACGAAGUUUUCGAAGGUGGCUUGUAGUUUUGCGCUGCCAAAGGAGAUUGAGCGGGAUUAUCGUGUGGGGAGGUUUUUGGGAGCGGGUGCUUUCACGGAGGUUUUUGAGGUUGUUCAGAAGGAUACGGGUGAGAAGUUUGCACUAAAGUUCCUCCCAAAGGACGACAUCGACCCCAACCUCCAAUACUCCUUCGAAGCCGAAUCCGCGCCACACCUUUCCCACCCGCACCUCAUCAACUACAUCCAAUCCUACGAAACGCCCGUUUCCCCCACCUCCCCACCCGCACUCGCCAUCCUCAUGGAACUCUUCGGCCACCGGCUCCGCUACUUCACCGCCCAGUUCGGUCAGCCAACCGUGUCGCAGGCAAUUGAAUGGGCCGCCCAGCUCGCCUCGGCGCUCGCAUACCUCCACGCCGCGGGAAUAUGCCACGGGGACGUGCGCCCGGCCAACGUGCACGUGGACGGGCGCACGGCGAAACUGAUGGAUCUGGGCACCGCGCAUCAUGUCGGGAGUCGCGGUGAGCAGGGGGUCGAGGCGUUAGACGAGGACGUCCGCGCGCUGGCGAGGGUGGUGUUGGAGAUGGUGGUGGGGAGGACGGCGGAGGAUGGGAAGUUUGAUGCGAGUCAUGUCGAGGGGUUGAGGUUGCUGGGGGAGAGGGAUGUGCCGAUUUCCAGAGAACUGCGAGCGACCCUCCACUCCAUUUUCGACCCCACACGCAAACCUCCUUCAGCAAAAGCCUUUGCUGACUUACUCAGCAAGUCUCAGUAACGUUCACACCUCCUCCCCACCUCGCCUCUACGAGCCCUCGUUAGCCCAUCCAUCUGUCCGCUAUGAUUGGCGGACGAAGACCAUAGAAUCUCUUCAUUCACACACACACUCCGUGUACAUAUCACUCUACAUUUUCCAUCGGAGAAGGCACAUCCCCAGAAAUCAUACUUCA